AUGAGCGAAAAUGAAACAAAUAAUACAGAACAAAACUCACCAUUAACAAAAGAUACUACUAGCGAUAAUAAUAAUAAUGAUAAUAACAUUAACAAUAAUAGUAAUAGUAAUAGUUUUAAAGAUGAGGGUAUAGUUAUAAAUAUUAUUCCACCAUCACCACCAUUACUAAAUAAAAGUCAAAAUAAUAUAAUUAUACCCGACAAUAAUAAUAAUACUACUACUACUAUCGAUACCAAUACCAAUACUAUAUCCACACCAGACACUAAAUCAAAUAUUUCCGAAUCUACACCUAUUACUACAUCCGAAGCUACCACUAAUACAGUUGAAAUUAGUAAAAAAUCUAUAGCCGAUGUUGAUUCCAGAAGUAGUACAUUAACAAAAGCAUUAGAAUUUAUUAGAUUUGGUUCAUCAUCAUUACCAUCAUCUCCAGUACUAUCCUCUUCCAAUAAUAUUACCAACAACAGCAACAACAACAAUAAUAAUAAUAAUAGUAUUAUUACAAGUAGUGGAACUAUUUUAAAUAAUAAUAAUCAUAAUAAUACUACCAAUGGUAAUGAAAUGGUAUCACCAAGACUAUCAUCAAUACCAAAACCAAUUCCAAAACCAUUACCAACACCACCAAUGAAAUCUGGUUUUUCAAAUUUAGAUAGUAGAUCAGCAUUAAGUAGAUCAUCACCAAAUUUACAAACAUUGUCAUCAAUGCAAAAAGUUACACCACCACAAUCAUCUGUCACUACAACAUCAUCACCACAAACAUCACCCCCAAUAGCUUCAAAUACUACUACUUCUUCUUCUACUACUACUACUACUACCACUACCACUACAAAAACUAAUAUUACAACACCAACAAAAAAUACAUUAUCAAUGUCAACAACAACAGCAACAUUAACAUCAUCACCAACAAUAAAUUAUAAUAAUAAAACAUAUAGUACAAAUAUUGAUUAUAAUAAUAGAAUUCAAAGUAAUGGUAGUAGUAAUAAUAACUAUAAAGUUGAUCCAGAUAUAAUUACAUUGGGUUUAUUUGCAGAAUCAAAAGCAAAAGGUGAAAAAGUUUUAUUAGAUGGUGAUGUCAAUAUACUGGGUACAAGUGAUGAUAAAUUAUUCGAUUUAAAUAAUAACAAUAAAUUUAGUGGAGGUGGAGGUGGUAGUGGUAGUGGUAGUACAAGUCAAUUGGUUGGUGGUAUUAGUCCAACGAGAUUAGGUAAAAUAUUCGAUCAUUUCCUUGUAGUUGGAUUACCAUCGACCAUUCAAUUGAAAUCGACACAACAUGAUGAAAUACAAACUCAUAAACCACAAAUCAUCUAUCAAUAUCCACCACCUGAACAAACUAAAUUACCAAAUGAUAUGAUUGAACAAUUCUGUUUCCCAAAUGGUGGAGUUGUUUCAAGAUCAUCCGCUAGAUCAUACUCUUCUUCUUCAUUGAAUCAAGUUUCAUUUUCAAGUCUUUCAAAUUUAUUAAAUCCUUCUCAUUCAUUUGUAUUUUUAAUAACUUCUUUAAAUACUCUUUAUUAUGGUGUUUGUAUUAAAAAAGAUGAAGAAGUUUCUACAUUACCAGGUUUUAUAGAUGAAAAAUCACCAUUAAAUCAACCAAAAUAUCAAACUGAGGAACCAUUAGUUAAAGGUGAAAAAAGAAAAUCAUUAAAUAGAAAUCAAUAUGAUUUUAUAGCACCAAGAGUUUAUUGUUUUUUAACAAGAUUUCCAUUUUUUCAAUUACACUUUCAAAUGUUACAUUCAAUAUUAGAGGGUGAAAGAAUGUUAAUGUUAUUUUCACUUAGUCAAUCAACUGACCCACAAAAUAAUGGUUCAUCAACUGCUGAUCUUUUAAAUUUAUAUUAUAAUAUUAGUAUGGAAGGUGUAAAAGAAAAAGUUCAAUUUAAAGCACCCUGUCAUAAUUAUAAAACUGAUUAUCAUUGUCCUCUUGGAUCAGAAGAUAGAUUAAUUGCAGAUUGGUCAUUACAUCCAACAUUUGAAUCAUUAUCAGUAGAAGAUAUUUUAAAUAUUUAUUGUUGGAUAUUAUUAGAAAGAUCAGUUUUAGUAGUUUCAAAAAAUCUUGGAAAUGUUUCUGCUUUAGUAUUUUCAUUUAUACCAUUACUUAAACCAUUUGUUUGGCAAUGUUGUUUUAUACCAAUAUUACCAGAAUCAUUAAUUGAAUCAAUUGAUGCACCAUUUCCAUAUAUAAUUGGAUAUCAAUGUGAAGAGGUUGGACCGGAAUUAAUGGAUGAUAAAAGAGAUUACUUAAUAGUUGAUAUUGAUCAAAAGAAAUUAAUUUAUCCACCAUCAACAUUGACACCACCGAAAUUACCCGGUAAAAAAAAGUUACGUGAUACAUUAACAGUUCAUAAAAAAGAAAUGAAUGAUCUAAAGAAUCAAAUUCCAAUAGAUCAUUUAAAACAUAGAUUCACUCAAAGUAUUACAACAACUUUUAGAGAGUAUCAAACUUGGUUAAUCGAUCAAAUUAGUACUGGUGUAAUUACUUGUAUAAAUAAUUUGUAUAUUCAAAAACAACAACAACAACAACAACAACAACAACAACAACAACAACAACAACAACAACAACAACAACAACAACAACAACAAGAAGAAUUAAAUGUAGAAAAUAUAGAAGAUAGUUUGAAUAAAGAAAUAAAUAAUAGUAAUAGUAAUGAGAAUGAUAGUAAUAAUAAUAAUAAUAGUGAUACUAAUAAUGACAAUAAUGAUAAUAAUAAUAAUAGUAGUCUUAAUAAUGACAAUAAUAAUAUUAAUGUAGAUAAUAAUAAUAAUAAUGUAAAUGAAAAAGAAAUAAUAGCGUCACCACGAGUUCAAUCACAAGAUAAUAAUAAUAAUAAUAAUAAUAAUAAUAAUAAUAAUAAUAAUAAUAAUAAUAAUAAUAAUAAUAAUAAUAAUAAUAAUAAUAAUAUACCAAUAAUUAAUAUGGAAAAUUUUACAAUUGAUGCAGUUUCAAGUAUUGAAUUAUUAAAUAGGCAAAGUAUUCACUUUUUAGAGGAUCAAAAUAAUAUAAAGGAUAUUACAGAAUGUUUACCAAAGAAAUAUCAAGAAUUUUUUAAAGGUUUCUUUUAUACUCAAUUGUUUACAGUGAAUGCGGUUAAAUUGAUGUUAUCAAUUCAAGAACGUCAUAAAACUAGUAUUAGAACAUUGGAGAAAUUGGAAUCAUUGAUUUUAAUGGAAGAGAAAUCAAAAGAGGUAUUAAUUGAAUACCAAAAGAUGGCAAAGAAAGAUAAUACAAAAGUCGAUAUGAGUUCAAUUAAAAAACAACUUCGUGAUUCUGAAGUUCAAAUUAAUGAAUUAAAAGAAUCAAAAAAGAAAUUAGAGAUGGAAGCAUUGGCAACUAGUCCAAGUAAAGCCAAUCUUAGUGGUGGAGGUAUCUCUUCGUUAUGGGGUGGUCUCUCUUCGAUUUCAGAGUUACGUAAAAAGAAAUUAGAGUUUGGUCAUCGUAGAAGUCGUUCUGUAACCGAUCAAGUUGAAAAGAAUAUUCUAAAGAAAUCAAUUAAACCUGGUUUUUCUUUAUUUGAUUUUGGUUCUUCAAAAUCAAAUAAUAGUUUAAAUAGUUCUUCAAAUAAUUUACAAACAGCUUUAAAUAAUAAUAACAACAAUACAAAAACUUCACCUCCAAUUCAAAUAUCUAAACAAAAUAGUUCAAAUAGUUCAAAUAGUUUAAAUAGUUUAGAAGUUAGUAGUAGUGGUGGUGAAAGUGUAUCACCAAAAAAUUAUUUAUCUUGUGUUGGUAAUUCAAUGCCAUCAACUCCAUUAAAUGGUAUGUCCCCAAUAUCUUCUCCAAUAUUAUCUCCACAACCUAAUAAUACUUCAAGUACAAAUAGUCCAAGAUCUUAA